AUGAAAUUAUCACGUAUAUUAUCUUCUUGGAUCAGUAAAUGGGGUGCUUUGUUGGAAGGCUCAGGCUUCGCGAAAAUUCAAAAAAAUAAAUGUGUGACACUAAUAUCUUAUCGUGAAAGUAGCGCUCUAAGUGCAGGCAAGGAACAAUGUAUUCUGGAUUCAUGCUGUAUAGGUCCUAAUUGCAGAGAACCCCGAGUAAUUAUUGUAGGAGCAGGCAUAGCUGGACUUUCUGCAGCCCAUCGACUAGUGCAAUGCGGAAUUCGUAAUUUUGUGGUGCUUGAAGCAAAAGAAAGACCAGGUGGCCGAAUUCACUCGUGCUGGCUUGGAGACUCUGUAAUAGAAAUGGGUGCUGAGUGGAUAUAUGGAGCUUGUCUCCCUAACGCUGUAUAUACUUUAGCUUCUUAUGAUAGACUCUUACAGUCACCGUUACCUCGACUAGACGCUUCGAGAGGAUUAUUUUGUACCAGUGAAGGGCGAGCUGUGGAUCUACCAGUUACAAUUACUGCUUAUCACACUUUUCGCCAAAUAGAACAGCAGGCAGCCAAUUUGUUCCGACUUGGAGGAGAAAGACCGCAUGGAACAUUAUUAAAUUUUCUUGGAUUGAGAAUACAACAGGAGUUACAUAAUUUCCCCGAAGAUCAAAGGUACGACGCGGCAAGAGUGAUGUUUGGGUUAUCAAAUAUUCUGAGAAAUCGUGUUGGUGACGAUCUUACUCUUGCAAGUGCUGAUCAAUAUGGGAGUUAUAUCGAGCUACCUGGUGGGAGCGUUCGAGUUCCUUUGGGAUACGUUGGUAUAAUGGCCCCAUUGAUCCGAGAUCUGCCAGAUAAUAGUAUUCGUUAUAAUAAACCAGUUAAUGUUAUACGAUGGGGGACAGGUCAGGCGGGUGCUGGGCGAACUUUAGUUAAAUGUUGUGAUGGAGAGGAAAUAACUGCAGAUUACGUAAUUGUAACAAUGUCCUUGGGAUGCCUUAAAUGUCAAGCUGAUAAACUAUUUGCGCCACCUCUUCCAGCAUGCAAACUAGAUGCUAUCUGUUGUCUGGGCUAUGGAUUAAGCGACAAGAUAUUUCUAGAGUAUGCCGAGCCCUUUUGGGUAUGUCACGAAGGCAAUUUAAAAAUGGCUUGGUCAGCUGAAGAACUUCAAUGCAGAUGUGAUUGGAGUAAAGGUGUUUGUGCGGUGGAUGAAUUACCAGGAAGUAAACAUGUUUUAUGUGCUUGUGUUUCUGGCCAAGAAGCUGCUCAAAUGGAAUCAAUGCCUGAUAAUGAUGUAGCUGAAGGUCUAACACAGUUAUUGAGAAGGUUUACGGGAAAUCCUUGCUUACCAUACCCUCAGAUGUUGUUAAGAUCACGAUGGGCAUCGGAUCCCCAUUUCUGCGGAUCUUACUCUUACAUGGGCUGUUGCUCAACGGUUAGCCAUCAAUGUGAGCUAGGCACUCCUGUACCAGGUCCUUGCGACUCCCAACCUCCGAAAAUAUUAUUUGCUGGAGAAGCCACUGUGCCUGGAUAUUUCGCGACAACCCAUGGGGCAAGGCUGAGUGGUAUUCGAGAAGCAGAAAGAGUUGUUCUGUUGACUAAGAAAUUUGAAGGUCCACCACGUUGA